CUCAGUGCAUGCAUUAUUAUUCUUACUUCCCAAUUUCAACGAUCAGUUGUUAUGCAGAUGAGUUCUUCAAACCAACAAACAUUAUCAGGGCUAAUGGCUCGUGGAUGGGUGAAGCUUAAGGCUAUGCCCAAGGGUUUGAAGAAAAAGGUGUUCAAUAUUUAUAGGACAACCAAAGAGAUAGGGCAAGACGAUCCAAGAAAAGUCAUUCAUGCCCUCAAAGUAGGACUUACACUCACUCUGGUGUCUUUAAUCUACUAUUAUCAGCCCCUAUAUGACAGUUUUGGUCUCUCUGCAAUGUGGGCUGUUAUGACCGUAGUUGUUGUCUUCGAGUACUCUGUGGGAGCUACUCUGGGAAAAGGUUUGAAUAGGGGUUUAGCGACACUACUUGCUGGUGCUCUAGGUGUUGGAGCUCAUUACUUGGCCGACCUAUCUGGACGGACAAUAGAACCCGUUCUGAUUAGCUUCUUUGUGUUCCUUCAAGCUACAAUAGCAACAUUUAUAAGAUUUUUCCCCAAAGUCAAAGCAAGAUACGAUUAUGGGAUGCUCAUAUUCGUGUUGACAUUCUCAUUGAUAUCUGUAUCUGGUUUUCGAGAGGAUGAAAUAAUAGACAUGGCACACAAGAGACUCUUCACCAUUUUCAUUGGGGGAUCUGCAUGUGUCAUGAUAUCCAUUUUUGUUUGUCCCGUGUGGGCCGGUGAAGAACUCCACAGCUUAAUUGCCAUCAACUUGGAAAGCCUUGCCAACUUCUUACAAGCGUUUGAAGACGAAUAUUUUAAAUCAUCGAAAGAAGGAGAGUGUAAUGACAAGACCUCCUUGUUGGAGGGGUAUAAAAGUGUCCUCAAUUCAAAGAGCACUGAAGAGUCGUUGGCUAACUUUGCAAGAUGGGAACCAGGCCAUGGGAGGUUCAAAUUUCGUCAUCCAUGGGAUAAAUACCUUAAAAUUGGAACUCUCACUCGCCAAUGUGCCUAUAGAAUGGAAGCUCUAAAUGCUCAACUAAACUCUAACCUCCAAGCAUCAGAAGAGAUUAGGAGUGUAAUACAGGAGGCAUGUUCAGAAAUGAGUUUGGAGUCAGGGAAAGCUUUGAAGGAGCUAGGAAUGGCAAUGAGCAUGAUGAGGAAGUCAUGCUUUGCAGAUACCCAUAUAGCCAACUCAAAAUCUGCUGCCAAGAGCCUCAAUUCAUUACUCCGGUCAAGUUUAUGGAAUGAAAUAGAUCUUUUAUCAGUCCUACCAGCAGGCACUGUGGCUUCCUUGCUGUGUGAUAUUGUUGCUUAUACUGAGGAAAUUGCAGCUGCUGUGAAUGAACUUCCCUUGCUCACGGACUUUGAAACUGUAGAAACAGCUAAAUCUGCAUGCAAAACGCAGUCUACUCCACAUAUUGACAGUACCUCCCGCAUGGUAAUUUUGGUUGAAGAUUCGACUCUAUCUGAUUUACCAGAAUCUAAGUCAUUUUCUAAUAAGCAUAACACUACUAGAGUGUGAUCUACACAUAUGUAUAUACACUGAUUUCACUUAAGCAAAUCAUCAUCCUCAAAAUUAGAUAUCAUAACUUAUCAUAUAACAUAAAGUUAUGCUGUAGCAUGAUUCAUUUGAUUACUGUAUCCAUGAGUAUCAGACUAGUAGAUCAGA